UAGAAAAGGAGUCCACUCACCCACUAUAAUUUCUACACUGUAUCUUAGUCAAAAAUGGCAAGAAGAUUUAUCAUAAGAGAGGACGCCAAACCAAUAGCGGUUGUACAAAUAAUGACUGGCCUGAUCCACAUUGCACUAGGGACUCUCUGGAUUCAUUUUUAUUUCCUAAACGAGGAGGAGCCAAAUAGUGUUGGUCCUGUCCCUAUAUGUGUUAUGAUAUAUUACUUAUUUGUGUCAUCAUUCUUUUUCAUCAACUCAGGAGCCAGCAGUGUCUUUCAGAAGCCUCCUACACGAUGUAAGCUUGUUUACACCAUUGUAAUGAACAUCCUAAGUAUCUGCAUGGCCAUAAUUGGUUUAAUUAUAAUAAUCAUUGAAUCUUUAAUUUUUGAAUCAAAAGGAGUUGAAUACUCUUGGUCAAAUAUGUCUGGUUUUCUGCUUUUACAAUACACACUCUACAUCACCAUCUUAGAGCUCACUGCUGCAAGCAUAAACAUCCAUUGGGCUCUCGGAGCAUUUCAUCAUGAGCUAUACAAUGAAGAAAGUUCAUCUUCAGUCUCGGAAAUCUCCUCAUCAGAAUAUUCUCCCCCUUCAUAAUUUGCAAAGAACCAGUAUGACUCCAAUCAAGAACAAACGAAUCAUUGUGAAUUAGUGAAGAACUCUGUAAUUUUCAAAAGGCCUCAUGGGAAAUGUAUUCUAAUGAAGUUCUUUCCAUUACUCCUCUUCCCUCAUCCUUCAAUACAGGAUGCAAUCGGAUCAUAAGUUCACUCUUCCCUUUUUAAAAAGCUUGUAUAGCCAAACAUGGAUAAAUAUAGCCUGCCUUACCCUUGAUGUCUGAAGGAUGUAGAAAAGCAGAGAUGAAUGCCCACUUUAUUUCAGGUUGAAGGGGACUGGCACGAAUGAAGGGACACUUUCAACUGAGAAAAAAAGUACUUGGCCUUCGGAAGUACGCACAGUGUCAAUGUAGCAAUAGCAAAUCUCUUGACCUCUCCAGUAAACAGAAAUUAUAGUUCCUAGUCCUUGGAGUAGAUGGGCGUAUUAAGUGGCAAGACAUCAUCAAAAGGGCUUAGAAUAGCUCC